AUGGUGACGGCAGCGCGAGAUCGCAGCCGCAGCCCGAACCGGCCCCAGGAGGCGAGCUGGUGCCUGGACUCUGGGCUCCGGGACUGGCGCCCGCGACAGGGCCCUGGGCGUGUACAGUACAGUGUCGUGCCGAUCACUCCGGCAGAAGUGUAUCCGAGGGCACCGAGCAGAGAGGCAAAGCUGCCGCUUGCAGUGUACUUCCCAGGACUUGGAGACAAGUCCACGGUGGUUCAUGAGCGAGCAGCGGACUGGGCGAAAGUUGCACCGGAGCCCUUCCUGCUGGUGGCGCCAGAGCGGCCGAGGAACCACUGGUGGUUCCUGGACGAUGGCUCCGAAUUGGGAUGGAUUCGCGGGAAGCUCCGACCUGACACGGUGGAUUUGUUUUGCGAGUGGAUCGCGGACUUGUCCGAGUAUCCCGGAGUGGACCACGACCGUGUUGGACUGUUCGGGUUUUCUGCCGGAGCCUAUGCCGUGGCAGAGGUCCUCGCGCGUGGCCGCCUGCGCCCCUGCGGGGCUGGCCUCGGCGGAAUCCAUGGUCACGGGCAAGAGCAUCUCGACAACCGGCCUGAUGUUCCGGAACGCGAGGCUCCCGAAGCGCGGCAGAAGUUCACGAUCUUUCUGCAGCGCUUGGCCCGUCAUGGAGGUGCCCGAUGGAUCGGUGCCGUCCACGGGAAGACGGACCAGGAGUCCGAUCCCCGGGAUGCCCAGCAGAUCUUAGAAGCGCUGAGCCGGCGCCAGGGUGAUCUUGGGCUGCCCCAGGUCAGCAUCCGCUGGCUCGAGGCGGAGGAGCAGGACUUCAGGCCUACCAAGAAGAGAAAUCGAUCUCACCACAGCUACUUCGAUGCCUCCUUCGUGCAUGCAGGUAGUACUCCAUGCGACACUUGGAUUCUAGGCUUUGCGACUACGCCUCUCCUUCUUGGCUUUACGAAAGGCGAUGGAAAGAUGUACUUCCAGUGGGAUGCCGGAAGCAACGGCAGGAAGAAAUGGCGUUACUAUGAUCAAGAAGCGGCUGUGCAGACGGUGAUCUUCACGUGA